AUGCAUGAACGAACUGCUCAACCACCAACUGUAUCUCAAGUAGCUGCCAUGUGGAUUGAAGAUGAAGAUGCAACAGAACUGCAGAAGCGCAGUAUAAUUGUGCAAAAACAUGAUGGUCAUAGCAAGCGUAUUAGCUAUUACUAUGGUUGCUAUGAUUCCCUUCAAUAUCCACUUCUUUUCCCGCUUGGUGAACCUGGAUGGCAUCAAGGCAUUAAAAAAAUAAAGGCCAACAUUACAGACCUUCUUUGUUCAAGUCAUAGCCAAAUUUCUCCAAUUCAGUCACUAACGGCAGACGAUUUACUUGCCAAUGAAGCAGCAGUGCAUGCAGCAAAACCAGACAAAACAUCAAUGGUAUCUGCUCGCAAAUUUUAUGCAUAUCGAUUCCAAAUCAGACCAAACACAACCUCCAUAUUGUUGCAGUGCGGGCGCUUGCUACAGCAAUUUGCUGUUGAUAUGUACGUUAAAAUCGAAACAUCUAGAUUGGACUACUUCAGAAAUAGGCAACACGAAAUCAGAGCUGACUAUAUCAAGGAAUUGUUGACUGCGUGA